GCAGCUCUUGGAGCCUCAUCGCUUCCACCUAUUUCUGAUGCGUCAGAGCUUUCAUGUUUUCAAUUUGACCCCACAUGUAGAUGGCGCAACCUUGAAGGCCUUUUUGUCGACGAAAUGGAUUGGUUUCAGGGCUCUGGAGCACUUGAUGAGCACCGUAUGCAUGUCGCAACAGGCACACAUAUAAUUCCAGAUGGGAUGUACGCUAUCGUAGCUACUGAUGCAGUACAACUUCCAACAGCCAAGGCAAUAUUGGCAUCUGACCAAAUUAUGUGCCAAAUAGGACCAGGACAAUUGCGCUUCAAGUAUUGGUCAUCACCUGAAGUUCGACUACGAGUAUGCGCGAAAAAGAUUUCAAAAACAUUUCCCGAGUACGACUUCUGCAGUAGCGAUAUCGAAACUGGCGAUCCAGGGCCAGUGUAUGUAACAAUUUCCAAGGAAAGCUCAACUCCAUUUCAGCUCUUCAUUAUCGCGGAACACUUUGUAUUCCAUUCCAUUGACUUACAAGGUGGAUUUGCUAUUAUUGACGACAUUGAAUACACUGCAGAAUUAUGCGAUAAGGAAGCAAGUACUGGAGAAAACUCGGUAGAGCAUUUUUAUGACUUCACUAGUAGAAUGUGUUUCAUGACUUGUAUAGUUCGGGCUUCGCAGAUACGAUUUCUUUUUGAACAAACCGCUUUCAAAUUUACGAUAUUUAAGGACUCCAAACAAAAAACAGGUCUCAUCGGUCCGCUACGAAAUUCCUUCCUCAUCCCAAUGACUAAUUCAUCGCUGCAUCUGCACACUCUGACCACUGAUGGGUUUCCUAUCAAUAGAGCCGAACACUUCAGCUACGCUACUGCUUCAUCGUGGAUCAUCUCUUCCCAUCCUGUAGGUAAUCCGUUGACUGGAAUACGAGGUGAUGCCAGUAAACUUCCAUUUAAUGAAAGUGGUUCUUUCGCUUUCGUUUCUGGACCAGUAGAUUUUUCUCGCUUGUCCACACCCUCAUUUUACCUUGAUCGAAAAGUAUAUUUCAUAUUUUCGUACCACAAGGUAGAUCGAAAAUCACUGUUUCGACUAUAUACAAAAAGGAAGGACACUAAAGAGGAAGAAAUGAUAUUCGAAGUAAGCUCACUCAACAGAAGAAUUAUCAGUCCAUCUAUUUCUGUCAGCACUUUACAGAUCGCUUUCGAAGUCCGAAAUUUAAUGGCCAAUAACUACAUUGGAGUUGACGAGCUCAUGUUAGUUGACACAAUGCGGUUACCAUUUUGCAAAACUUAA